AUGUCGCGGACACAGACCGAGUUUCCGUCGCCUUCUGUGAUUUACCCUCCGUCCACGACGUUGAAUUUCGAUCAGGAGAAGGAGAAUGAGGCGAUCGUAGAAGAUGCGCCGAGCAAUACAGCACCAUUACCGCCUGCGUCAGAUUUUCCAGAGGGAGGGCUGCGCGCGUGGUCGGUUGUAUGUGGUGGCUUCUUUGCUUUCAUCGCCACAUUUGGCGUGACGAAUUCAUAUGGCGUCUUCCAGGAUUAUUAUUCAGCGAACUUGCUACAACAUUCAUCAUCGUCAACGAUUGCGUUGAUCGGCGCUAUCCAGCUGUUUUUCCUGUACGGUGGGGGUCCUAUCGUAGGCAGGAUAUAUGAUGCGUAUGGCACAAGGGUUCUCAUCCCUCUGGGAUCUGUAAUAAUCGUCUUCUCGCUAAUGAUGGUCUCAUUAGUACAACCAGAUAAGCCAUACCAGCUGUUCCUCGCACAAGGCAUAUUGUUUGGCCUCGGGCUGGCUUGCAUAUUCAACCCAGCACUCGCUGUCGCAGGCCAUUGGUUCAAACGAAAGCGAGCGUACGCGAUAGGCGUCAUUGCGUCCGGCAGCUCGAUCGGCGGCGUAUUCUUUCCGAUCAUGCUGCAGCGCCUCAUACCGAGCGUGGGGUUCCCGUGGGCCGUGCGGGCCAUGGCAUUUGUCUGCCUCGGGUGUCUGACGAUAGCAACGCUAACCAUCCGCACGCGACUCCCGCCGUCCAGGAAUAUCACGCUGAGAGGCUUGGUCGACCUCGAGGGCUUUCGCGAUUGGAAAUAUGUAUGUGCGUCAAUAGGUGCUUUCCUGGUGUUCUAUGCCGUUUUCACCCCGUACUUCUACAUCCAAAUCUAUGCAAAUAUGCAAGGCGUACCAAAUAGUCUUGCCAUAUACCUGCUGCCGAUCAUCAAUGCGUUUGGCACGCCAUCGCGGAUUAUCCCUGGUAUCAUGGCCGAUAAAUGGGGAUGCCUCAAUGUGCUCGUUCCAUCGACGUUGAUUGCGAGUAUAUUCACGCUCGCCCUCUGGCUCCCGGCUCGUAGCGCCGCGUCGAUCACUGCGUAUGCAGCGAUGUAUGGUCUCUUUACAGGAGCAUUCGUUACCCUCCUACCUGCAUACAUCUACACCAUCUCCCCGAUUGAAGUGUACGGAGCGCGACUGGGAUCGAUGUACCUGCUUGUAGGGAUUGCCAAUCUUGUUGGCACGCCGACCGCUGGGGCUUUCCUGAGCACGGUGGACCAGUCGGGCUUCAACGGGCUCAUCAUAUUUACCGGUGUGCUCAUGGCGGCCGGGUCGUUGAUACUGGGCAUGGUUGGUGUCGUGACUGAGAUGCAGAAGCGGCGAGAAGCGGCGGCUUUGGAAACGGCAGAGCAGAAGGCAUGA